GUGAAUGGCUAUUACUUCAAGUCGCCUCGGCGCAUGAACGAUGCCGCCGUGUUCACCAACAACAAGGGCAUCAUGCUCUUCAGGUACAUCAUGCGACGCGGGACCCCGUACUGGUACUUCAGUGAUGCGGGCGACCUCACCACGAAGCACGGG